AUGGGCAAUGUCGCCAGCAGACCGGACGAAGGUCCCGUUUUCCUGAGCGACCAAGGACGCUUCUCGGUCGCAAGUCUGAACAUCACCAACUCACGAAACCAGACAUUACUACGACUUACGCCCAAUUCUUUCCCUGCCUCCCGAUACACAGCGCAACGCGAUGCCUCUCCCUCAGACGACCCCCCGAUCGAAUACGUCCAAGACCCGGAUAGUCUGACACCCUCCUUCCUGAUCCGCCUAGCGAACAACGAUGAUCUCAACUUUCACUUCACCUUCAUUCUCCGUCAACAAAAUUCUUCCAACGCGCCGUCAAAUCCCACCGAUACGACGGUCCCAGGCCUGACCUACAUUUUCGCCUCCACGCCGAAAGAGGUCGAGAACUUGGUCGUGCGCGAAUUUCACUCCGAUCCGAACCUCCACAAGAACGCCAACGUUCAGCUCAUAGGCGACUAUGCGACGGGAGGAAGUCCCAGCGUGCAGUUCACAUGGAUGUGGAAGUGGCGGCCUCCGAAGCCCACCGAGGAUCGGGGAGGUGGAUGGAGGAAUUGCUGCAGUUUUGUGGAAUACAACCAGAGAGCACAUAGAUUGGACACGCUGGGAAGCUUCAGCUUCUGGGUGCAAAACACACAACGCUAUCUGGGACCGGCGCCUAGGUCGCCUCGACUGGAGAUCAGCCAUCCACCACGGUUGCGAGUGCCAUCCACACAGUCGAUCGAGUCACGCGUUAGUAACUUCAGUGACUCGGAUGGCGAGGGAAGCUAUGGCAGGAGUUACGAGGAUCCUCAAUCACCUUCAUUCGAGCCGAUCCCGGAAAAUGGGCUGGGUCUGAGCAUGUCAACCAGUGGACCAGUCAAGGUGGAUGUCGCAACGUGCAAGCCAGGGGAAGACCCGUCAUUGAACGAGGAUGGUCCGCUCUUCCGGGCGACGAUGCGAUCGCUGGAGCAAAAGACGGGAAACAUGAGAUUGCGGAUGAAGAGGGUGUUGAAGACGGCGGAAGCGGCACAAGCGGCACAAACGGUCUGCAAUCAGGCAGCGGCAGAUUUCACACAAGCGUUGAAGGAGGCUUCAAGCUCGAACGCCAAUGCCGUGCAACCUGCGUUGGAGCACUACUUCGAGAAGAUCGCGAAGGAGAUCCUGCUUUACGAGAAGCAGAACACGAUCAAUCUUCAGCGGCUGAUCAUCGAGCCCGUCAGCAAGCUCUACAACUUUGAGAUUAAGCAAGCCGAUAGCAAGAGGAGAGAGUUUGACGAGGAGAGCAAGGAAUAUUACGCUUAUGUCGGGAAAUACCUUGGGCAGCGGACAGAGUCUGUCAAGGAAAAGAAACAAAAACAAAGCGACGAGAAGUACCAGGCGAAGAGGCGAACUUUUGAGCUCAAGCGGUUCGACUACUCCAGCUUCAUGCAUGAUCUGCACGGCGGGAGGAAAGAUCAGGAGGUCCUAUCUCAACUGACAAAAUAUGCUGACGCCCAGGCGAAAAGCUACCUCUUGACGGCGAAGAAAGUCGAAGACAUGGUGCCCCAGCUCGACGCUCUCGUGGCGGAGGUCAAGAUGGCGGACCAGGACUUUCAACUCCAAAGGAAGGAGCGCGAGGAGAAACGACGCAUGCUAGAGACGAGUAGCAAGCUGGUCAGCGAAGACGGAAACGUCAUGCCGCCUGGUGGGUUGGCACCUUCGUCGUCAGUUAGGGACUCGCUGAGGCCUGUACCGGACGGUGAUGCGUCUCGAUCGCUCAGUGUUUCUGCAUCAAUGGCCAUCACGCCCGCUGCUGGAAGUACCAGCACGGCUCCCAGCCCGAACAACAAAUUCAAAGGGAUUCGAGAUCUGGAGGACAACAGUGGCAUGGCGCAGAAUGGAGGCACACAGCGGAAGGAAGGUCUGCUGUGGGCGCUGAGUCGACCGGGAAGUCAUGUCGAUCCAAAAGGCAUCACGAAGCCGAGUUGGCACAAGUUUUGGAUUGUGCUUGACCAAGGGCGACUUUCCGAGUAUGUCAACUGGAAGGAAAAGCUGGAUCUUCACAUGGACCCGAUCGAUCUCCGCAUGGCUUCAGUACGAGAGGCGAGGAACUCUGACCGUCGCUUCUGCUUUGAGGUUAUCACUCCUCAAUUCAUGCGUGUCUACCAAGCUCCGUCGGAGGACGACAUGCGAUCGUGGAUCGGCGCCAUAAACAACGCGUUACAAAGUGCGUUCGAGAAUAAGAAUCAGCAACUUCCCACGACGCCUGCACCGCCCGGCAGCUCAUCUCACCACCGCAAAGACAUCGCCGCUGUUCUCACGGGAAAGAGCUCCUCAUUCUCCGGCCACCGCCAGACAUCCAACCCCAAUCGCCACGAAGCUUCUAGAGCCGUGUCUCGACAUGCUACCACAGGUGACAAGCCUCUGUACCAACGCAACGAGUCAAUCUCUACACCGAAUUCCUCCGCCGAGCACUCCGCCCUCCUCAUGCGAGUCCGUGCCGCAGAUGAAGGCAACAAAUUCUGUGCUGACUGCUCUUCUGACCACAAGGUCGACUGGUGCAGUAUCAAUCUUGGUGUACUUCUUUGCAUCGAAUGCUCAGGCAUUCACCGCUCCUUGGGCACCCAUAUUUCCAAAAUCCGUUCCCUUGUUCUCGAUGUCGCGGCUUUCACUCCAGACAUUAUUGAAGUUCUGCUCUCUGUCGGCAAUCGCUGCAGCAACAUGAUAUGGGAAGCGAAGCUCGAUCAAUUCCUCAAACCCAGUCCGCACUCUACCCGCGAGCAAAGGCUGCACUUCAUCACUGCGAAGUAUGCCGACCGGAUGUACGUCCAAAAAGCCGUCACGCACACGAAUCCGGAUGAUUUGCUCCUGACGAGCAUCAAGAAGAACGACAUCCAAUCCGUAAUGCAUGCGCUGGCACUCCGCGCGACUCCAAACGCAGUUGAUCGGUCACGGUCAACUCCGGCUUUGUUCCUUGCUUUGGCUGCAGCCGAUCCCGCUUCACCGGCUGCAUCCAUGACGAAACCUCUUGCCGGUGCGACCGGCUCUAUUCCGCGAUCAUCUUCCCCGGGUCGUGUACCGGAGAAGAGGAAACCUUUCGCUAUUGCGGAAGUGCUGCUACAGAACGGAGCAGACAUUCCACCGCUUGACAAGAGUCCGUUCCCACUGACCGAGGCAGCGAGAGCAUACGUUGAAGCGAAGCACGAAGCGCGAGUGGGCAAAGCGCCGGAGAAGGAUGGUCUCUCCCCUCUCCCAAUCAUGGGAUCGAAUCCAAGCUCCAAUUUCUCGAACAUGAAUGGCAGUGGCGGAGGAGGUAAUGCAGGCGGUGGAAGUAAUGGAUCGCCGAUAAUGGGAGGAAGAGGGGACAAGGAGCGAGAGAAGCUGAUCAAGCGGAACAGCAGUGGUGUCAGACCGAGCAGCCACGGCGCAAGGUCCAGUCUAAGUGGAAUCGGGUUCGGAGGUGGUAAUUUCGAGGACAAGAAGUAG